UGAAGAAAUGUGAUAAUUCAACGGUCAUUUUCAUGGCGGAGGGAACACUGGUGCGAAAGGAGUUAUUCUGGGACUCCUUCGAGCCUCGAAACGCUGGAUCAAAAUGCUCAUAGUGGAAAAGACCACAGACUUCCCCUCUGCUGAGUUCUCCCUGGUGGAGGAUGUGGCUCUCCACUUCACCUGUCUGAUGGACAGGCUGAACGAGCAGCGCCUCUUCCAGCCUGACCUGUGUGACGUCGACAUCGUUCUGGUGCGUCAGCACAGCACCUUCCCAGCCCACAAGGGCGUGCUGGCGGCCUACAGCCCUUUCUUCCACUCCCUUUUUGCACAAAGCAAACGGCUGCGGCGAGUGGACCUGUCGCUGGACGCUCUGACCUCGCAGGGCCUGCAGCAAAUCCUCAACUUCAUUUACACUUCCAAACUGCUGGUGAGCAGCCGCACCGUCCGCGACGUGCUCAACGCAGCUACCCUGCUUCAGAUGAGCGACAUCGCGGCCUCCUGCCGCGAACUCCUCAGCAGCCACUCGCUGAGGACCACCUGCGCAGAUAUGGCCAGCCGGGAAGGGCUCGGUGGCGGUGACCCAACUUCGGUGGCGAUGCCUUCCAGACAGCUGUACCCGGAGAUCAAACAGGAGUUGGCGCUGGGGAGGUUGUACAAGAGGGACGGCAGCAGCCUGUUCUCUGUGAGAGUGGAGGAGGCGGGCGAGACGGCCUCCCAACAGAAGCGGUAUUACCAGAAGGAGGACGCGUCAGGGGGCGGGGCCGGCGCAGUGGUGGCCGCGCUCUGCAAAGUCGAGAGCAACGGAGAAGAGUCAAAGACCGCGGACAUCCACGCCUCCUUCAGCAGAGACCAGAUCAUUGUGGAAGUCAACCUCAACAACCAGACCCUUAACGUGUCCAAGGGGCCGGAGACCAAGCCGGCAAACGCCACAGAUGCGGUCGCCAUGUUUGAUCGUUGCCGCGACAACGAGAGGGAUUCCGAAGAAGGCGAGGAGGACGAGGCGGAGGAUGACGACACUGGUGAAGAAGAGGACGACGAUGAGCUGAAGAGGGGGGACAUACUGGGACAGAGCAGCGAGGAGGAAGAAGAUGAGGAAGAAGAGGAGGAGAACACUCUAAACAUUCCAGGCUUGGAGCAGCCGGCCCUGAUGGAUCGAACUCGCCGGGGCGCCAGAGCCUUUGCCGUUGCGGGCACCACCGCCUCCAUGCAGCAGACACUGGCAGAGGCCAAGCUGGCCAACCAGCGGCAGGGCGGGAAGAGGACGCUGGAUGCAGAGGGCCUGUGCCAGAAAGUGAGGCUGGAGGAGAAGCAACAUUAUCCAUGUAAGAAAUGCCCUCGUGUCUUCAACAACCGCUGGUACCUGGAAAAACACAUGAACGUUACUCACAACCGCAUGCAGAUCUGCAGUAACUGUGGGAAACGCUUCCUUCUGGAGAGCGAGCUGCUGCUGCACCAACAGACCGACUGUGAGAAGAGCAUCCAGUGUGUAACAUGUGGCAAGGCCUUCAAAAAGCUGUGGUCGUUACACGAGCAUAACAAAAUCGUCCACGGCUACGCCGAGAAGAAGUUCUCCUGCGAGAUCUGCGAGAAGAAGUUUUACACCAUGGCUCAUGUCAGGAAGCACAUGGUCGCUCAUACGAAGGACAUGCCGUUCACCUGUGAGACGUGCGGGAAGUCGUUCAAGCGCAGCAUGUCCCUGAAGGUUCACUCUCUGCAGCACUCUGGGGAGAAACCCUUCAAGUGUGAGAACUGCAAUGAGCGCUUCCAGUACAAAUACCAGCUGCGAUCCCACAUGAGCAUCCACAUCGGACACAAGCAGUUCAUGUGCCAGUGGUGCGGAAAGGACUUCAACAUGAAACAGUACUUUGACGAACACAUGAAGACACACACUGGAGAGAAGCCGUACAUCUGUGAGAUCUGUGGGAAGAGCUUCACGAGCCGGCCCAACAUGAAGCGCCACCGCCGCACCCACACCGGGGAGAAGCCGUACCCUUGCGAGGUGUGCGGCCAGCGCUUCCGCUUCUCCAACAUGCUCAAGGCCCACAGGGAGAAAUGCUUCCGCGUCAGCAACCCCAUGGUGACCGACGGCAACGACCCCCUCGGCCUCCAUCAGCCUCUGGCCUCGCCCGCCGUGGACUCUUCCGGCCAGGCGCCGCCCGCGUCUGCGACCACACCCGCUGCUGCUUCUAGCCCGCACCACCUCCAUGGCACCCAGCUGUCUCUUCCCCUGCUGCCUCCCACUCCUCAUUUACCCCCACCGCCUCCCCUGUUCUCUGCCGGUAGGAUGAACUCCAACAACUAACAAAUAUCCGUAGCAUCGAAAGCACUUUUGUUACUUUUGUCUUUCUUAGAGCUUUUAAGAGGACUCGUGCAGCCGGAGAGGGAUGCACCUCAGUGACGUUUACACUGAGGGAAAAGCUGACUGAAGGCUAACACACAUACACACCUACCACAAUAAGAAAUAGUUAUUUUUUACUCUGUUUAAUACAAUAGAUGACCUCAGAGUCCAGUAGGACGUGUCGUCACCACGCCUCUCCUCAUGAAUUUCACAACUCUGUUCUGGUUUCAUUUGGGAUUUUCCACCACCGCACACAUCUCUCCAGAGCCUUGCACAAUGCAUUGAUUGUAACAUCUUUUACAAAGUCUAAAGAAGAGUUUCCUGAAUCCUUACUCUAUGAGGGUCAUCAGUCGAGCAAAACCCACACUAUAAUGAGAAUAAAAAAUAAAAAAAUGUUUUGAUCGUUCUCUGCCAAGAUGUAGCGAGUGGUUCUGAUCUGACCCAGCAAUAACCAAAUGCUGAUUUGUCUGAGCAUAUACAUGUAUAUGGAAUUGCCAAUAACCAAAUCCUGUUAGCUCACAUGCUAUAGUUAGAUAAUGUUAUACAGCAUUUAUAAUCGAUCCCGCACCUUACAUUUAACUCUAGUGAUAUUUAAAAUGUACUCCUAAUAGUCUCCAUUUUUAUAAUUGUGAUAAUGUGUUAUUUGUGGCACGUUGCGUCAAUGUGUAAGGACGCGAGAAGUUGUGAUGUGGGGAGAGGCGGCCGUGCAAUGCAGCGUGCGUGAGGCGUGAGUCGUGGGAUGUGGAUCUUCAGAUAUCCGUUCAGCGAAACAACGCUUCCCCCGAGUCAGGAGAUGGAAUCAUUUGUUGACUCAUCUUUUGCUUACAUUAAGCAAACGUGCUCCUCUCCUGUGGAUUUGGCUUUGAGACGAUAUCACACUUUUCUGUGACUUAUUAGUAAAAACCUAAUGUAAUCAGACCAACAGUAUAUUUGUGGGUUUAAAAUCUAAUGUUAAUGUUCACUUGCAUUUCCCAACUAAACCCAGUUUGUGUAAUUAGUUUGCAGAAUACCAAUAGUGUUAGGGAUAAUAAUAAUCACAACAACCUGAUUACAUUGCUCGGUAAGUGUGUACAAUUCAUCAAGAUGUAUAUUGUGAAAUGAUGAACAUUAUAUUACAACGCCUAAAUCUCUCAAGACUGAUGGUGAGUAAUUCUGGCACAGCAGAGGGCAUCACAAAAAGGGCUUCUUAUGAUUAUGUCACUAUUAUAAAUUAGUACAUUUCUUACAAAGGUGAUCUGCAGAAGCAAAUUAACGUUAUAAAUAUGCAGUAAUACCCCUUAAACAUUUGUGACUCUACGUGCACUUUUGACACACAUUAUUUGUCAUAAACCUACUGGAAUAGAAUUAUAAGAAUGUAUUCCUUGUCAGUAAAAAGCUGUUUAAACAAUAGUUUGACUUUUUGGAAAAAACACUUAUUUGCUGAAAGUUAGAUGGGAAGAUCGAUGCCCCGCUCAUGUCUGUACGCCAAAUAUGAAGCUAAAGUUAACUGCUCGUUAGCUUAGCUUGUUGGCUAGCUAAGCUAGCUGGAAACGGAGGAAAGUAGCUAGCUAGAUCAUGUCUGAAGAUUAAAAAUGUGUAUAAAUUCAACUCCCAACACAUAAAGCUCACUAAUUUACACUUUCAAUGUGUUAUCUUUCAAAAAACAAAAGUGUAAUAACGGCUCCUCCUGGCUUUAUUGUGGUAAAAACCUAUUUGUUUUAUUAACUAGCCGGCGUCUGCUCCCUGUGAGAUCACAGAUCGACUUUUUUCAUGGUAAAUGGUGAUCUUAAAGGGGACGGGAGAUAGAUUUGGUUACUUGUGGACAAAGCUGUUUCUCCCAUAUCAUUUGUGUCUUUACGCUAAACUAACUGGCUGCCAGCUGUAGCUUCAUAUUUAGCGAACAAAUAUGAGAGUGGUAUCUAUAUUCUAAGCAAUCUCACCGCAAACUUUUUUAUAGAUAACCAACCUUCGAACAUCUCAACAUAUUCCUUUUAAAUCUGACAUUACAAUCAAUUAAUUAUCCAAAAAGAGUCUUUGUGCACUAUUGAUGCACUCCCGCUCACUUUAGCUAUCUAUAGACGGCCUACCUGUAAAUAUUGUUAUGCGUUUCUUCCUUGUGAUUUAAUUCCUCAUGUUUACAUCUGGAGAGUCAUUUGAAUGUGCCCCCAUGUGCGUCUUGGCUGGUACUUCCGAAUUUUGGAAUUUGUGGAUAAGCUUUUGUAACUGUAAUAAGCUGUUCAUUGUUUUAUUUAAAAGACUAAUUGAAGCAAAGCACCUUAGUGUAGUCUUAUGUCUUUUAUAUCACCCCAUGUACAUGUAUCUCUUAAACUGCCAUGGCUAAAUGGUUUGGGCCACUUCAGAUGAUAUUUGAGAAUGGAACUUUUUCUUUUGUUUCUUCAUGUGUCAAACACACGUUUUGUACUUUGAUUUGCUGCUUUUGUACAGGGUCCAGUAUGAGACUGCCCUUUAAAUGAAAAGUCUAGAGCUGUUAAAUUGUUAUAUAUAUAUAUAUUCUGGCUGUGAUCAAUUCAAUCUAGCCUUACUGGACAAGGAGCUCCAGGGUCAGAAAUGAGCUACAAUUUAGAAAUUCUGAGCAGUUUGAUGGUGUAACUGCCAUUAUUUUAUACCCAUCUAAGGAUUGAGCUAGUCAUUGGUAGAUUAGGGCUGCUGAUUGUUGACUGAGAGAGGACUAACAGUGUCUUAAAAACAUAAGGACUGUUGCUCUCUUGUGGUAGCUUAGUAAACUGCACUCUGUUAGCUCCACGAGAAAGAAAGAGAAAAGCCGACCUUUUAGUGUAUUGCGUAUCCAUAGUUAUGAUCAUUGGAGACACUCGUAUUACUUUGGGAUUCUUAGAAAGGCUAAAGAUGUAACGUUACUUAUCAAGUAAUUGUCAAUGUUUUCAGAAGCACUAGCCCAAGAAACAAUACUGAGAUGCUGUGUUUAUAGUUUGUGUAUUCGCCUUAUACUCUGAGGGAUUUGAAUGUUUGUAUGUUAUGGAGUAGCUGAUGGUAAAAGAGGAGGGAUAGUAGUGAAUACUACUGAUUUAUGCACUUUGAAUUUGAUUGCCACACUCUAACCCAUAUCGGGGAACAUGUAUGCAGAUACAAGGUGAGCAAGAGAUGGCUGAAUUGUGUCCGGCUAAAUCCAAAUGCAUACGUUUUACGUUUAAAUGAACCGUGUGGAUAUAUCGACGCGCAAAAAAUAUUUGUGUUGUAUUAUUUUUUUCAAAAUUAGACCAAAGUUUGUCGUUGCAGAAGUGAGAGGAGACUGUUAUGGUUCACCCUGCACCUUCACUGGUGUUUCAGUCUUCCUGUGCCGCUCUGUUUACAAUAAUUUGUGACUACUCCCCGAUGAUGCAUACAGUACAGCUAUCACAGCUAUGGCUGUUUCGGAUUGGCUUGUUACCCAAUUAUUACCCACAUUAAGAUAAAUUAGUUUUUAGCUCUUACAAGGUUUUCUCUUUCAUAGAAGGAGCUUUAAUAUGUGACUGUUGUAUUUCAUGGAGAAAAUGUAAAGGAAGUUGUCAGUUGCCAAUUGAGUAAUGAGAAAGAUCAGUUAUUGCGAGCACUUUAUAUUACAGUUCAGUUAGUGUGGUUUAAAGGCUAAUAGUAGCAGUUAUAUUAAUCAAAAUCUGCUUUUGGCAGGUGUGUUUUUAAUAUUUCCAUGGCAUAAGAUUAAAGGAAAUUACAAAAAUGCAAUUCCUGCCAGAAAUGUUGCCUUGGCUGGUGUUAAGUCAUCUGAAUUAACAUUUUAUUUAGACCAAAGGGAUGUUGAAACUGUUUAGACCCAGCAAAAAGAAGUCCUACUAUAUUUCUUGGAAUCAGUUUUAAAUAUUUUAGUAGAAUCUACACAAGUAAUGUUCUUCGUAUUAAUCAAUUGCUGGGAUAAUGAAUCAAACAAGCUCAAUAAUGAACAUAAUUGUGGAGGUAAAUGACACUGAGCAGAUGAGUUAGUCAAAAUGUAUUUAAUUAAUUGGCAAAGAACAGACAAGGUAAUGUAAAAAAACAACAACAGAUUAUUUGUUUUACCCCACUUUCCACACAGUAUUACAUUAAUAGUUCAUGACACAACUUUCAGAGGAAAUUUGGCAUUCUAAAUCCAUCGUAGCAGGAUUUAAAUGUUAAUCCUUAGCCUUUUUUUAUUAUUUAGAAAACAAAGUCCUCCCUAAAUCCAGCUGCAAACAAAACCCAUCUGAGACGUCAUCAAAGCAACUCUGCAUUAAGAAUGUAUCGGAGACGGACGUCUAUAAGCCCUGACGUCACACAAAUCUUGAAAGAAUGUAUCAAUGAAUCUCUUCAAGUAUAUGUUAUUUCAGUUAAGUGACUGAAGAGCUGAUAUUCUGUAAACUGAGAAGGGACAUUUAGCAGAGUCUUUAUAUUCUAGGCAAGUAGGCUUAAUGUGUUUUUAUAGCCAAAUUGUCCUGAACUAAGGCCAGCAGCCAAAGGCUUGUUUCAGAUGAGGAGAAGAUGGACCUGCCCUUGUCCUUAAAUGAGGGUUUGUCAUUGAUUAAGUGGCGCAUUGAGCAUGGCAGUGUGUGCGCAGCAGAGUGCUCAUGGGGUUGCCAAGUAGGGUCUCUAUUGGGAUUUGUAGUUUUGGGGUUUAGCUGCUAGCCAGAGUGUGGCUCCAAAAUAAGUGAAUUUGUUGCCUUCAGCUUCAAGAAAGAUUUUGGGAAUAUUGCUGUUUAAAUUAUAGCAGUUACGAAGAUUUCAUGAUAUUGGUAAGAAAGCAUUGUGUGUGUGUGUGUAAGAAUGUAAGAAAAUGCGUUACUCUUUUGAAAAUGGAAAAUAAUUGGCUCUUUUUUUGUUCCGUUGCAUCCGUUUAGUUUUUUGUUUGUUUUACUAACCAUAUUUUGUGUAGCAAAUUUAUGGAGCCCCAAAACUGACAGAAAGUGGCCAAACAAAUCAAGAAUAUAACUGAAAAAAUCUAUUGUUUGUUAAAUAAUUAAAAUGGAGUGACAGAAAAUAUUCAACGACUUCUUUGAUAAUUGAUUAAUCUUCAAAAAAGAUAACAUUCUCAUGUUUUUGUUUUUUUGUUUUUACUAAGAAUAGUAUAAUUGUUUAUUGCAGUCCUAGUAAAAUUUACAUGUUUAUACUUUCCUUAAAUCUCCAGCAAAGAGCUAUAUUUUGUAUUUUACUUUUGUUUUUUAGAGACACAAAAUCCCAUAUAAUUAAUUCCUUAAAAUAAAAUAAAAGAAUGUCUGUGGUCUGAUUAUAAACAAAAGACAUACCCUUUAAUAUAAUUAGCUUCAUUAUCUAGCUAAUUAUUAUUUUAAGCUAAAUUGAAAAUAUUAUUGAUGUGGUCAUUUAUAUUUGAUGAACUUUUACUUCAUUUUGUCAGUUUCUGUUGGUUACUUUGCAUGUGUGAGUUUGGUUGGCUGUUCUAAGAAGUUUGUUCGGUGGUGACUUUCCCUCUUUUUGGGAAAAGAUUUCUGUGAGUAUAACAAUAGGCACCAAUGCCAAUUCAAAGAUGUAUUAUCCACAUGCCCUCUCCAUUUCCCAUAUCUACUCAUACUGCCGCUGUGUUAAUUCAUGUGUACUGUUAUUUACUGAUUCUCUUCUUCAUAAUGUAAACACUAUGUCUUAGUUAACUCUGGUGUACAAAGACCAUGUGUAGACAGUAGUUGUCUAGUUCAGCUAUAUUAAAAUACAAAAAAACCGUACAAGGACGAUAGUGUCUAGAGGUGCUAAUAACAUUAGACUGUAUUUUCUCUCUUUUAUUGUAUUAUUGACUCGUGUUCACUGUCUAACACAGCAGAGCGUAAUGAAAUCAUUUCAAUAUUAAACAGUAUAGUUAUAUUAUUGCAAAAAGA